ACGCCUUUGCUGUCACCGUCUGUGCGACUCUCGCGCUGCUGCAGAUGAUGGAACCGGUAAAAUGCGAGGGUAAAUACACCAUUGUUGGCCCCGGAACCAUACAUUCUCAUCGCGACUACAAUGUGGCCGUUGCCGUUCAUCAAACCCAGGAGCCGGUGACCCUCAAAAUUGGCAUCACAGGACCCUCAUUCAAUGAGACCCAAAAGGUGGAACUGGCCAAGUCAGAUGAGUUCAAGCAGAUCACCUUCAAGCUGCCGCCUCUGGAGACGGGGGAUUACAAUCUUACCGCCGAGGGCGUAUCGGGGCUGAAAUUUGUCAAUACAACGAAGCUUAACUAUGAUGACUUCAGGCCGUACAUUAAGAUACAAACCGAUAAGGGGAAGUACAAGCCCGGCGAUACGAUCAACUAUCGCGUCAUCUUCCUGGAUGAGAACCUGCGACCGGACACAGCUGAGGACGGCGUCGUUGUCUGGUUCGAAGACUCCAAGCGCAACCGCAUUAAGCAGGAGAAGCACAUCAAGACCACCAGCGGAGUGUACACUGGGAAGUUUGAGCUCUCCGAGUUUGCCACGCUCGGCACGUGGACUCUACUAGUUCAUAAUGGCGAAAAUCAGCAGGGACGCUCAUUUUAUCCAGGCGGACGACACUUUGGCCACUUUCGUUCCGAUGAACGUGUCUCCUUCGAGGUGGAGAAAUAUGUCCUGCCCAAGUACACUGUCAAAAUGGAUGCCACACAGCAAGUGUCAGUCAGAGAUGGUGAUAUAAACAUAGUGCUGAAGGCCAACUAUACCUAUGGCAAGCCCGUCAAUGGCAAGGUUUUGGUCAAUGUGCACAUGGAUGAGACCAGUGUGUGGGAGAAUGUCGAUGGCAAAACCGUGCGCAAUGACUUCCCCGGACACUCGCUGAUUGCCACCGCGGACAUGGUCAACGGCAAAGCCAAGUUUGAUUUGAAUCUGAAGGAGUUCGCUAGUUAUUUGCCACACAAAACGUCAUCGUCAUAUGCCCAGAUUACGGCAACUCUCGAGGAGAACUUUACGGGCGUGAAACUCAACGAAACUAGUGGUGUUCAACUGUAUCCGUAUCGCUAUGAGAUGUCUUGCCCGGACUUUUCGUCUUGCUAUUCGUUCAAGCCCGAUAAGGAGCAGGAGCUUGUCUUCAAGAUAACCCUGGUCGAUGGCUCUCUGCUGACAGACACCAAGUCGGUUGUCAAGGCAAAGUUCACCGAAGGAAUACGGCAUACCUAUGGCUUCUAUCACUAUGGCAGUGAGGAAAAGCAGCCAGAAUUGCCUGAGAUUGAGAAGAAAACGUUCGAGUUCGAGAGUCAUUUGAAUGAGUCGAGUCUGGUGCCAUUUAAGGUCACUCUUCCCGAUCUGCCGGACAUGGAAAACUAUACGCGCUACUAUAGCAUUGAGCUGGAGUAUGCGGACGAGAAGCGGGAGCUUUACACCACCUAUCCCUAUAGGGAGCCGAAGAAAAUCGACACGACCGACCCCAGCGAGGAGGAAAAGGAGAAGGAAUGGUUUAGGGCCGAAGUGAACAGACCGAAGGACACCUGGAACCUGAAGAUAGGCCAGGAGUACCAGGUAACCUUGAACUCCAGUCGUCCACUCAAGUACUUUUUCUACAACAUCAUUGGUCGCGGCAAUGUCCUGAACACUGAGCGAGUGGAUCUGGCCGAACCCCAGAAGGUCUACAACAUCACACUAAAACCUACAUUCUUGACCGCGCCCCAUGGUCGCAUCUAUGUGUAUUACGUGGAUGAAUCGGGCGAAUUCCGCUAUGCCGAGGACACCUUUAGCGUCGAGGUUGAACUGCAAAACAAGAUUGAGAUCACAGGCCCGGAGGAAGUGAAGCCAGGUGCCGAUGUUGAGCUGGAAAUAAAGACACCGCCCAAGUCUUUUGUUGGCCUUCUGGCUGUGGAUCAGAGCGUUCUGCUCUUGGGCGGUAAUAACGAUCUGGACAAGGAUUCGUUCAACUGGCGCUUAGGCGGCUAUGACACGUCCACACCUUGGCAAGGUGGCUAUUCCUACUAUCCCGGCGAACGCAGCGGUGUUGUGACCAUGACCAAUGCCUAUUUCUUCUAUAAUCGCACCGCUCCUAUUAGCUAUGCACAAGCUUUUGGUUUUGGUGGUGGAACCGUUUCGGCCAUGCGGAAGACUGCUAUCGCGCAGGACUCUCCUGUCUACCAUACAACAACCUCAGCAUUGGGUGCUGUUCCAACUGCAGGAUUUUCUGCAGAAUCCGGUGCCGCUGCUGCUGCACCAGUGGUCCGUAAGAACUUUGCAGAAACUUGGAUUUUCGCAGAUAUUGAAAACACAGAGACAGAGAUCUUCAAGUGGGUGAAGACCAUACCCGACACGAUCACCAAUUGGGUGGUCACUGGAUUCUCCCUGAACACAGAGAAGGGGCUAGGUGUGACCGACCAUAAGGUGAACAUUAAGACGUUCCAGCCCUUCUUCGUCUCCAUCCGUUUGCCUUACUCGGUGAAACGUGGCGAGCUCAUUAAUGUCCCAGCCUUGGUCUUCAACUAUUUGCCCAAGAAUCUGGAUGUGGAGCUGACGUUAGACAAUCAAGAUGAUGAAUUCGAAUUCGUCGAUGCCUCCAAUGAGGUUAUUGGCGAUCAGAAGCGUACUCAGGUCAUCCGUGUGGGAGCCAAUGAGGCAGCCGGUGCAUCAUUCCUGAUUCGUCCGAAGGUGAUUGGAAAUAUUCUACUAAAGUUUUCAGCCAUCUCUCCUUUGGCAGGCGAUGCUGUCCACAAGUCGCUUAAGGUAAUCCCAGAAGGAAUCACAAAAUAUCAGAAUCGAGCCUUCUUCGUCAAUCUCAAGGAUGUUGGAGAGUAUAAAAACACCUUUGAACUGGAAGUGCCGGAGGAUAUUGUUCCAGAUUCGCAGCGAGUGGAAUUCGGACUUGUAGGCGAUCUGCUCGGCCCAGUGAUCAAAAACCUAGAGAACCUCCUGAGAUUGCCCAGCGGCUGUGGCGAGCAGACUAUGUCUAAAUUGGUUCCCAACUAUUUAGUAAGAGACUACCUGAAGAGCAUCAAGAAACUAACUCCUGCCAUUGAAACACGCAUCAAGAGAAACUUACAAGAAGGCUAUCAGAAUAUGCUGCACUAUCGUCACGAUGAUGGGAGCUUCAGUUCCUUCGGCCCUGGCAAAUGGAGAGAGGAAGACCCUGACCGCAAUGGCUCUACCUGGCUGACAUCCUAUGUCUUGCGCUCCUUCAGUAAAAUCAAAGACAUCAUUGAUUUGGAUGAAAAAAGCUUGGAAAGUGGUUAUGAAUUCCUUCUGAGCCGUCAGGUAGAGAAUGGCAGCUUCACCGACGCAGGAGAAUACUUCUACGGAUCGCAGCGCUCUUCACUGACUCUUACAGCCAACGCCCUGCUGGCACUACUCGAGCAGGACAAGAAGAACCAGACAGCCAUAGACAAGGCCGUGGCCUAUCUGAGUGCCCACACAGAGGAGUCUGAGGAAUUGCUGCCCAAAUCUAUAGCCGUCUAUGCCUUGCAAAAAUCAAAGGCUCCAGACGCCGCUAAACAUGUGGCAAGCCUCAAAGCCCUAGCACAGCAGGAAGACGACCGCACAUGGUGGACGGAGGACACAGAGAAGCUGCGGGCUUCCAAGGGCUGCCGCCGUUGGUGGUGUUGGGUCUGGAGCCACGACGUGGAGAUCACCUCCUAUGCGCUGCUCACACUGCUGGAAACAGAGCAGGAGACACCGGACUCGGUUUUGAACACUAUCCGCUGGCUAGUGGCGCAGCGCAAUAGUUUUGGAGGGUUUGCCUCCAGCCAGGACACAGUUGUAGGUCUGCAAGCCCUGAUCAAGUUCGCUGAGAAGUCGGGCUAUGAAGCGGCCAAGUGGGAGGUGAGUGUCUCUAACAAGGGAAAGCGAGAGAAGACCGAGAAACUGAGCGCCACGGAGGAAAACGAUCUGGUGCUGCAGACUGUCGAGUUUCCACAGGGUACCCAGUCGCUGGAGUUCGAGGCUAAGGGCACAGGAGCAGCUCUGAUUCAGAUUAGCUAUCAAUACAAUGUGGUAGAGAAGGAAACAAAGCCCAGCUUUAAAAUACAAACAAUUGUCAAGCCAGAAUCCUCGCCAGCCAAGCUGGAACUGAGCGUGUGUGUGGAGUACGUGGAGGAGGGCAAAGCAAAGGCCUCCAACAUGGCCAUACUAGAGGUAUCCUUGCCGUCUGGGUAUACCGCCGAUGAAGAUAGCUUCAAGGACAUAAAAGACAUUGAGCGUGUCAGGUUGGUGGAAACCAAAAACGGCGAUUCUGUGAUUGUUGUCUACUUCGAGAAUCUGCUGAGGGGUGAACUCAAAUGCAUACCCUUCGACGCUUUUAGAACCCAUGCGGUGGCCAACCAGAAACCCGCUCCCGUUGUCCUCUACGACUAUUAUGAUACGAACAAGAAGGCCACCGAAUAUUAUCAAAUAGAAUCGAAGCUCUGCGACAUUUGCGAAGACUCUGAGUGCAAGAGCAAGUGUUAAGCUAUCUAAACCAAAAUUACUGAUUACUUUUUCCGUCACUGAUAAAUAAAGAGUGCAAUAAUGUGAUUAUAUGGGA